AUGUCGUGGUCCAACCUGACAUCUUCUUUCGAAAAGGGCAUCCGCGCUACCGUCAAGAAGAUAGACAAGCUGCUCGACAUUGAUGAAGAUUCCACGGAAGACCCCAUUUCAGAUCUGAAGAUCGACAGCGACAGCACUUUCACGGAGUCUCCGAGCGUGAGCGAAACUCCAAAGAACCAGCCACCAAAGCUCGUCGAAAAGGGCCAAGCCCCAGCGAAGAAGGUCGAGAAACUGCUGGAUGCUGAAGACGGGACCGACGACUCGAUCUCCGACCUGAAAGUGGAUAGUGAUUAUUCCUUCACGGAGACUCCGCAAUUGGGCGAAAUGGCGAAGAAGGUCCCGCUCUUGGACGCUGAUGACGGAACAGACGACAUCUCGGACUUGAGGAUCGACAGCGACAGUACUUUCACCGAGACACCGCGUUUGGGCGGCACUGGAAAAGAGAAAGAGAUGCUUGAGGGUUCGACGGCCAAGAUGGCAGUUGUUCAGCCGCGCUCAUUGGACUUUGAAGGAGAUUCAUGGCUUGCACAUGGAACUGAAGGGACGGCUGUCGUCGACCAUGAGCCCAACCCGAUCCGCGACUCGGCAGCCUACGAAUUUGAGACUCAGUUUCACCGUUCCACUCCUUCCCCCGGACACCAGGAGCACACCUCCGACGACCUUUCGAAUGGCUCGCAGGAGGGACAGCAGCAGCCUGUUGACACCAAAUCCUUCUCCACAAAUGAUUCUGGGGAUUCGGACCACGAGGAAGGAUUUGAGGGAGUCAAGCUCGACGAUGGCCCCGUCAGCGAACAUGGCGGUGAAACCUCGCCCACGGUCCAUUUUGAGCAGAUCGGGCGCCGCAACUCUGACCUGACGGUUGCUAGCAGCGACAUUGAAAUCAUCCACCAUAUUGAUGCCUGGUCCACUAACAGCCAGCCCCCCUACAAUCCGCCACUUCUGGCAAGAGCCGACCCUGGCACGAGCGCGCUUGUCCAGGAACACCGCCUGGACAGCCUUAAAAAGAAGAACGAGACGCUCAAGCAGACCAUCAACCAGAUGAAUCGUCGUCUCGAUGCCUCGAACGAAGAGCGUGUCACGUUGGCCAAGAAUCUUUCGCAAGCCGAAAUGGAGAAGGCGACCUUGCAAGACGAGAAGAAGAAAGCGCAGGACGAACUUUUCAAACUGCACGGGGAAAUCAGAAAGCUUAAGGCAAAAUUCGAAAGCAGCGAAUCAUUACGCACCAGCGUCGCCACGUCCAACCGGAAGCUGCGUGAGGAGCUGGACAAGGUCAUCGAACAGGCCGAAAGCGCUGACACACAUGAGAGUGCUAUGCAAAAAAAGAUCGACGAGCUGGAGGCGCGCCUGAAGGAAACGACGACCGCGCAACUGAAAGCUUCCGAAAUUUCUGAAUGCGCGGAAGCGCAGAUUCAGGGACUCUCAUUUGAGUUGGAACGUCAGAAGCAAGCCUUGGUGGCGGUGAUGAUGGAGAAGGAGGAGAUCACUAAGAAGCACAACCUUCUGCUGAGCGAUUUAAAAAUGAAGGAAACUGCUAAAACGACGGAGCGCCUCGGCUUCGACCAUAAUUUGAUGACGAAGCUCGCCCAGGACGAGGUGGCGGAACUGAAGGAAGAGCUUGCCAUGACGCAGCGGAAGCUGAACACCAAGACGGAGGAGUACGAGGCGGCGAUGCGCCAUUUGAAAGAUCAGCUGAAAGGCGACCACGAGAAGCUUCAGAAUGCGCUCGCCCUGAAGACUCUCGAAAUGAUGAACUUGGAAGCAAGGCUGACGCAAGGCCGCGACGCCUACGACAAAUUGCAUCGUUCGACCCAGGAGCAAUACCAACAGCUCUCACAGCAGCUCAACACCAGCAUUAACGCAUUGAACCAGCAGCUCCACCAGGAGCGCCUAGAAAAAGACGCUUGUGCUGAAGAGCUCUCGACGCUGCGAGCUGAGUUUGCUGCUUUACAGCAGCGGCCGGGGGUCGAUCCAAAUGUGUUGACGCAGCUUCGCCAGCUGGUUGCGGAGAAGACCGAGGAGUGCAACCGCUUGGAGACGGAGUACAAUCGAGUGCUCGUCGAAUGUGGAGGCCUGAUUGAGCGGCAGAAGGAGCUUGAGCUGGACGUUCUGGAUCUGAAGGACCAGCUGCGCAACCUUUCCGAAGAGCAGGCGGAGGCGGCAAUCAGGGGACGGGCUCGCGAC